GUACAAGCCAUAGGUACAUUUGCACCGAUGGGUCUUAUCGAACGGCUCGGACGAAGGAGGGUUCUACUGUCAUCGCUGCUCAGUGUUGUUGUCACGUUGUUGAUGAUGGGUGCAGCAUUCUACCUUAUCGACAGUCAAUCAGCUGUUGUUGAUUCAUGUAUUGGACCGAUGCCGUGGGUAUUUAACGCAGAAGUGUAUCCGUUGUGGGCACGUGGUACUUGUGUUUCGCUGUCAACGUUCACCAACUGGAUGUUCAAUCUACUCGUAUCAUUGACGUUCUUGACUCUUCGUCAGUCUAUCACUAAAUACGGUACAUUCAUGCUUUACGCAGGCCUUUCAUCCAUUGGAUUAGUGAUAUUCUACUUCCAUAUGCCUGAGACAACAGGGUUUCAAAUUGAGGAUGUUGAAACGUUGUUCAUGGAUGACAACGACAAACGACGAAGGUACAUCAACGAUGAACGCCGAACUCUUUCUCAAUCACCUGCAUAA